GAGAGGAGCUAGAAACGACGAGGGAGGGAGUGAAGGAAACAAGGAAGAACGAACACAGGGGACAGCGUACUUGUUCGCACACUUUCUGCAAGGAGGAACGUUGCUCCGAAGACUAGUUGGACGAGGAAGAAGAAAACGCCGAGAACGAAGCCGUGAACACAUAACAGAAUGCAAGUUUGUGACUACCUGCCAGCCAUCGAUGCUUGCUCGUGUCCCAAGAAGCCAGACACUGGAAAUCAGACGUCGCGGUCAGAUGUCCGAGACAUCAAGAAACAAUUUGGAAUAGAAAAAGAGAGGGACGAAUCUGUCGUUGAAGCACAGCAGUAUUUCAAGUCCUGUAUCUACAAGUGCAUGCAUAGCGACGAGUGCAAGUGCAUGUCCUUGCCUCAGUCUGUUUAUCACAAGGAACCCUCCAAUGAUAUGCCAUUUAAAUCUCUAUCGACGCUCAUUCUCACUAGGCUUCACAGCAUAUAAGAUGGGCUUCACUGCAGCCUCUCAGAGCUGAACCUUAGCAAUAUCAUGAUUCCACCUGACCUUUGAUUAUCACGUAUUGCUUGCACUUGUAUGCUUAGGAUACAUUCUCCUCUUGUAAAUAAAGAAGAAACGUA